CGGGAGGCGGCGGUGAGGGGCGCGGAGCGGAGCCGGAGUCCCGCCGGGACACCCCGAGGCCGCUCCCCGGGGGCCGCCUCAGGGAAAGCGAAACUAAAACGGGCGGAGGAGAAAGCGGCGGGGAAGGGGCUGGGGCUCCCCGCGGCGGCGCGCGCUCCUCCCCUCAGCGCCGGGGCGGAGCGGGGCGGGCGGGCUCAGCGCGCCCCCAUGGCCCUGGCGCCGGGUCAGCGGGCACGGUAGCCGCCGGCGGCCGUGGCCGCAGGUGAGUCAGAGCUUCCCGCGGAGGGCGGGCUGGAGAUGAGCCUCGCCGCCGGGCUGCGGCCAGCGGCCGGAGACUGAGCCACAAAGAAGUUUCGCCGCCGACAGCGGCGGCGGCGCGGCGCUCCCCCAUGCAUGCCCCCGGCCGCCGGCCCUGGGGCGCUCCCCGGCAGGCGCCCGGCGCCGACCGCGCCAUGGAGCCCCGCGCCGGGCUGCACAGCAGCCCGGACCUCAGCCGGGCCAAGCGGCUGAGCGUGGGGGAGCUCCGCUCCCUCUUCGAGGCUCGCUGCGCCGCCGUCGCCGCCGCCGCCGCCCGGCAGCUGCCCGACCCGGCGAAGCGGGGCUGCCGGCCCCCCAACGGGGUGCUGCCGCCCGUCAUCCCCCGCCUCACCGUCACCGCCGAGGAGAACGAGGAGGCGCAGGGCAGCCCCCAGGCGCAACCGCCGGCCCCGGAGAGCGGCUGGCUGAGGACGGGCAGCUCGCUGCAUCUGCAGUCCCGCAGGCUUUCCACCUCCUCGCUCUCCUCCACCGGCUCCUCGUCCCUCCUGGAAGACUCGGAGGACGACGUGCUGAGCGACACGGAGGGCAGGAGCCAGGGCAUCGUGCAGCUGGAGCACGGCGAGGACACCAACCAGAAAAAGGCAUGGCAUACAAUUAAAACCAUGGUUAAUUUACCAGUCAUCAGCCCAUUCAAGAAACGCUACUCGUGGGUGCAGCUAGCUGGGCAUACAGGGAGUUUCAAGGCAGCUGAUAGUGGGAAGAUUCUCAAACGUUUCUCAGAGAAUGAAAAGGAAUGUUUUGAGCGAUUGAUGAAAGACCCACUACGUUCCUGUGUCCCUUGCUUCCAUGGUGUUGUGGAGAGAGAUGGCGAGAGCUACAUUCAGCUGGAUGACUUGCUUACUGAUUUUGAAGGGCCUUGUGUGAUGGACUGCAAGAUGGGUAUCAGGACAUACCUGGAGGAAGAGCUGACUAAAGCCCGUGAGAAACCAAAGCUGCGUAAAGACAUGUACAAGAAAAUGAUUGAAGUGGAUCCUCUUGCUCCCACAGCUGAAGAGAACGCCCAGCAUGCUGUCACCAAACCCCGAUACAUGCAGUGGAGGGAAACCAUCAGCUCCAGUGCCAACCUGGGCUUCAGGAUUGAAGGAAUUAAGAAGGCGGAUGGAACAUGUAACACAAACUUCAAAACUACGAAGACACAGGAGCAAGUUCUACAGGUUUUUGUGGAAUUCAUUGAGGGCAACACAACUAUUCUGAAAAAAUACCUCAAGCGUCUGCAGGAAAUUCAUAUCAUUCUUGAAUCCUCAGACUUCUUCAAGCGACAUGAGGUCGUUGGAAGUUCACUACUUUUUGUACAUGAUGGCAGUGGGAAUGCCAAUGUGUGGCUGAUAGAUUUUGGAAAGACCACCCUUCUCCCUGAUGGGCAGACACUGGAUCACAGGAUCCCCUGGCAAGAAGGCAACAGGGAGGAUGGAUACUUGUUGGGGUUGGACAAUUUGAUUGGCAUCUUGGAAAGCAUCACUGAAAGAUGAGUUGAGAAUGGCACAAAACUUGCAGGGCUUCUCUGUAACUUUCUGCUCUACUGGGAUCACUCAGAAGGAAACCUUUAACUCCCUCCAAACUCCUGAGGUCAUCAGUGCAGAGGGAGCUGCAUCCAGAACCCAGCAGUUAGUGAUCAAAGAUCAAAAUGGCUUUGCAUCGGCCCUCUAUGAACCUAAAUAACUCCAGAUUGGUCUGUAUUGCACCAGCCUAACUUCAGACUGGUCCUCAGAGAAUGAAGAUCUCCAUACUCAGGAAUCACACCAGCAUGAGUCUAGAGGUCUGUGUGGUAAACCAGAAUGAUUCUGAUUUCUGGCAAACAGAUGGGAGGACUCCAGAUUACCUCUAAGUGAACCAGAGCGAGUGCUUGGGAAUUCAGGGUAGGAAUAACAGUUCUUCAGGGAACUGCAUAGUUUUGAAACCAGCAAGAGUGGUGGUGUGUUGGUUUGGUUUUGUUUUUUUGUUUUUUUUCCCCCCUAAUUCCAAGUCUUCUUGCUCCUGUGUACACUGUAGGUUGGACCAGCAACUUAUGCUGCAUUGUGUUAUGGUGUGCAAAAGGUGGAAUUGGGUGAUAAUUGCAAGAAACCUGGAGCAAAGGGAGACAGCGGUUUGUAGUGGCUGGAUGUGGUAACUGCUGUUGGCUGUUCCCCCUCUCCCCUACUCUAGCCUCAAUUCACUUCUAUCCAAGAACAGCCUUUGCUUCUUAUGUAGCCUCUCAGGAGAUCACCGAUACUCUGGGGGGAGAAUAGCAGCCUGUUGCCUCCCAAAGCAUUUGACUUCCAAACCGGGUGGGCUGUUGGGAGAGCGCCUCGCUUGGCGAGUUUAUCCCUCUUGCAGCUGAAUGGCAGUUCUGAAAAUCAGUAAUGACUCUUUUGCACACAGACCAAGGAGCUAAGGGGAUGUUUCAAGGCCUGUUUAUUUUUAAAGAUAAAACCCCUAAACGCACGCACUCAUUAGUAGCCAGCAACCAGUGUGAUCUCUUAAGAUCAUGGUUUGACUGGCUCCUAAUGCACGUGACUUCUUGGCCGUGUUCCUGUUCCCAAAUACGAUGCUGCCACUUUCGCGUAUAGGCUGGCGCAGCAACCAGGGAGGUAAUGUUUCUGCAUUCACAGCAUUACACUAAUGGCGAGAGAAUUCCCAGGCAUCCUUCCUCCAAGUUAUCAGCUGUUAACUCAGGGCAGUUUGGGGGGAAGGAAUGCCAGUGUAUCACACCCCUUAGUCCCCGUCUGGAAUCGCAGAGCCAUCUGUGGUUCAUUCUUCUUUUGCUGUGGCCCAAGCACAGCCACAGAAAAGUCACAGUUUUUGGGUUAAAUCAAGGAGGACUGAAAUGAUUUCUUGUAAUGGCUUCACCUACCUUCUCUGGUUGCUUCUAGUCACUUGAAUGGUUCUUUAAAUACUAGCAGUAUAAAUACUAUCAGUAUUCACGUGUUCACUCACAUUUCAGGUUUUAACAUUAAUAAUGCGAUGAUGCAAUUUUCAAAAUGAGGAUGACUUAUAUUUCUGUCUGAUUGUUAACUCCCUUUUAAACAUCUAAAGCUAGUAAUGUACAUUGAUCAGAAAUUAAUGUCUUUUGCUGGUGUCCUGUGCUCAGGAGAGGUUCUGAGAACUUUAGGAUAUACGAAGCUGACUCUAUGCUUUGGGAAACUGCCGUUUCAGUAAUAGUCAUGAUUAUGAGUAAAAAAAGACUGUAGAGUCCAGAUCUGGAAUGAAAUCUAUAACAUUUGUAAUUAGAAUUGAAGAGCCUAAAAUAAUUUCUGAAAGGAGUUACUUUAGAUAACACACUACUGUACUACGCGAUCAGUCAGAUUUAAUGACUUUUUCAUCACCUCUAAACAAAAUAACAGUAUUAAAAAUUCAAGCUCAGUUGUGACCUAAAAGGUAGAUGAUGUAGAGUGGGUAUUCUGUAAGAAGUAAUGACACAUGGAAACAUUUUAACCUAAACCAGAAGUUGGUUGAAACUGGUAAUUAUUUUUGCAGUUCACUGCAAAUUCAGACUGGCCUCCCAGAGUCUGUCUCAGUUUUAUUUUCACGAUGAUAUGUUAAUGAAUUUUCCACUUAGAUGUUUCAGAGGGCUUGUACUUUUUUUUUUUUUUUUUAAAGUGACAUCAAGCUUUCAAUAGAGAGCACAGGUAUUAUUAUUCCAGAUGCCUCCUAACUUUUGAACUGCUAUGAAAUGAUGAAUUAAUCUGUGGUGAACUUCAUACAAUUUAAAAAAAAAAAGUCAUCUUCCUUCCCUGCAACCAUCAGGUAAGCAGUGCUUAAGGAGAAUGGGAAGUAAAUAGGUCUCACAGGAGAGGACUUUAAUAACAAUACCUUUUCUAUGAGACUGCAGUUCCAACCAGUCCUACCAUAAUUAAAAAAAAGUAAAAAAAAAAAUUGGAAAAGCUAGAAAUGGGACUGCGAAAGUGAUAGAAUUCAUAAGUGGUUUGCCUAAUCAAUCUUCAGAGUUAAAUUUCUUCCUUUACCACAUAUGUGAAUCUUUUGCACCAAUGUAAUUUAUUUUUUAGAUGGGAGAUUCAGAGGGUAAAAGUUGUUGCUCAAAGGUCAGUUAAUGAUACACAAACUUUUAGAGUGACUGUCCAGUUCUAAAGGAGAACUAGAAGCAAUGUGGCACCAGUACCUUAAAAAAACCCAACCAGUGCUAGCACCUGGAUGGUUUGCAGUAUGUGGUCUCGGGGGAAACCAUGGGGAAUGAUCCCUUCCUCUGCAGUAGUUGAAGAGGUAAAGAAAACCUCUGCUAGAGCAGACCCUGGUCUGGAAACUCAUUUGAGGGGAUAAAUAGUUCUAGGAAGUUAGUUUGGAAAGGGCCCUUUGGCUUGCUAAGGGAUUAGAGGGGAAGAAGCCACAAUCGGCUGCUGCUGUUACAGGAAAGGAGAAGAGGUGGCCGCUUUUCAUUAGUGAACUGCAAGCGUAGGACUGUUCUGUAACAGGGGAGCCCUGAGGGGCUGGAGGCUCUGAGCAAACUGCCCCAGGCUGAGUCAGAUACCUUUUUCCCGUGGGCUGGCCCAGAGCGCCUGUUCGCGUACCUGCACUUGCUGGCGCCAGGAAGCAGCACUGCCGCCUUUCACUAUGGAGUCAGUUGCCUUGAAUAAGCUUCUGUUUACCAGAGGAUCAAUAUGAUGCCUUUGCACAGGUAUGUAACAUAGACGAGCUGAUGCAUGAUAACCCAGGUUCUUGUUCACAUACACGUCCAGAAUGUAGUUCUUUAAUGCCUCCGCUGAGAUACUGCCUCACUCUGGAGACACGGAGAACACGGGUGUUUCCCCAGCAUGGGGAGAGAUGCUGGCCCAGAGGCACCUCGGUGCUGAACAGCCGACCUCUGACUUCGGCAUCAAGGUCUUUAAACUCACUAGUUAGAUGCAGCAGUGCUUACUGCUGUAGCUGCUGCAUUCCGGGGUGAAUCGAGCAGUAGGACUUCUCUCCCUCAACGUUGUCAGAGAUUUGUUUUUUUGGCCUUGGACAGCUAUCCUAGGCCUUGGUUUCAUUCCCAUUUUACAGAUAGGAAUAGUACCUACUUACUUCACAGGAAUGGUGUGAGGCUGUCCAUUAUUGCUUGCAAGAUGCUGUGAGAUUCUUUGGAGGAAGGUGCAAUAUAGAAUGAGAUACGUUAGCUAAAGAUAAAAAUGAUGGGUGUUGGGCCUCCACCAGGAUAUAAAUUUGGAUGAAAUUUAACCAAAGUGAUAAAAAUGAAAUCCCUCUUAAUUUUUACGUGGCUGGAAUUCAUUUAACGUCUGAUCCAGUUCCUAUUAUAGGGAAAGAGUUUCAAUGGGAGUUGGACCAAACCCUUAAGUAUCUCAGAGGGCUCUUGCUACUUUUUUUUGUUGCUGUUGUUAUUAUUUGUUAUUAUUAAGGUAUUGAGAUCAAAUGGCCUGUAUCAUUCACAUGCAUCCGUUCUGAACACUACAAUGCAAUGCUGACCAUGGUCACUUUUGACAUUGACUGUAUUGGUUGAGUGUUUGUUACUCUGAAGUGUGUAUGCUACUAAAUAAAUGAGACUGAAGGAAAAAA